ACGGACGUAAGAAACAGUUAUUGAGUAUAUAGAGAGAACAUCCGAACGACCCCGUGCGAUGAUACCGAGACCUAUACUACUAAGUCUCCUGGUGUCCGUCUGUCUUGGGACAGUGUCAACUACGUCGCAGUAUGGCGUUAUUAAGGCAAAAUUUACUCGGAACAACGAACUGUCCUUCCCAGGGAAGGUGUUUGAGAACCAUGUCAUCAAACAGUUUAGUACCAAGUACCAGGUGACGCACUGUGCCAUGGAGUGUUUCCUCAACGUCCGGUGCCAAUCUUUUAACUUUGACGCCAGUAUCCGGUCGUGUCAACUGAACGACGCGUCCCAAAUCGAUUACCCCGAAGACUUGAAGAACACGAGUACGCCCACGGCGGAGUAUCACCUCCGAAACGCCUUCUCUUUGGACUCCAAAGCUGUGGGUCCAUGCGGAAAUUUCCCAUGUCAGAAUGGCGGCCGCUGUCUUGAUACCCAAACCAUCAACGGGGAAAGGACGUAUUUGUGUAUUUGUGCUGACGAAUGGACAGGAACCAACUGUGACGUCAAAGCUCACACUAUAGAAUGGUCUGAUUGGUCCGAUUGGGGCACGUGCUCAGCCACGUGCGGAAAUAGCAGACGACACCGUACCCGCCAAUGCAUGGACAAGGAGACCGAUAAGUCCGUCGACGCCCGGUUAUGUUAUGGGCCUGAAGAAGACUUCGACUUUUGUCCCUUUAAGGAAUGCCCAAUGUGGGACAACUGGGGAGAAUGGAAUACAUGCUCCACCAACCAUUCAUGUGGGCAUGGCACAAAGGAAAGGUCAAGGACGUGCUUACACAAUGGGGUACCAGGCGUGGAUCGGUACUGUAAAGGGGACACAGUCCAGUAUGGUACUUGUGAGGGUAUCGUUUGUCAAAGUGCUGUGCGGCUUGUUAAUGGCCCCGAAUUCGGUGAGGGCCGCGUGGAGAUGUGGAACUCGAAGACCCGGAUGUUCUAUCCCAUUUGUGAAGAGAACUGGAAUAUGACGUCAGCUGAAAUAGUUUGCAGACAGAAUGGAUUCAUGGGAGCUUUCGGUGUGGUGAAGAAUGCUUCGUACGAAGAAGUAGAGGACUCGUCUAUCUUUUUGACAACGACUUGCCAGGGAGAUGAAAGGUUCCUCCAGGAGUGUCCAAGGCAGGAGUCAGAUGCGUGCCCGGGAUCAGCCGGGGUCAGGUGUAGAGUGAAGGGGGCAUGGGCUCUUUGGUUGGAAUGGAGUGCAUGCUCAGUCACGUGUGAAGACGGGAGGAGAACGAGAACUCGGACAUGUGACCACCCACCGCCCAAUCACGGAGGAGAACCGUGCCCAGGAGACGAGAUUCAAUACAAACCCUGUACAGAGAUCAUGUGUCCAGUGGAUGGUUAUUGGUUGACUUGGUCUGAUUGGUCGAAAUGCUCUGUGACGUGUGAAAAUGGAACCCAGUUCCGGACGAGGGUGUGCAACGAACCUCUUUACAACGGGAUACCAUGUGAAGGUCCGAAACAGGAAAACAGAGACUGUUAUCCUCGAGAAUGUCCAGUGGAUGGUGAAUACGAGCCUUGGAAUGAAUGGACGCCGUGUACAUCUUCGUGUGGCUACGGCACGAGGUUCAGGAACCGCACGUGUAAUCAACCCCUUCAUGGCGGUGAUGUAUGCCCGGGGGUGUCAUCAGAGACCGAAGUCUGUAACGCUUUCUCGUGUCCAGUGGACGGUUCCUGGAAGCAGUGGUCAAUGUGGGCGGACUGUACUGUCACAUGUGGCACGGGAACUUCCAACAGGUCUCGUGAGUGUGAUGACCCCCUUCACGGCGGAUCAGAUUGUCCGGGACCUGCCAACCAGACUAGGACGUGCAAUGACUUUCCUUGUCCGAUCGACGGAAUCUUUAACACUUGGGCUGAAUGGAGCGUAUGUUCUGUCACGUGUGCCAACGGGACACGUGACCGGCACAGAACCUGUUUUGGUCCUUUCCACGAGGGGGCCAACUGUACAGGCUCUGACUACGAGCAGGAGGUCUGUGUUUCCCUGAGUUGUCCAGUUGACGGUGUCUGGGAGGGAUGGUCUGGCUGGGACACGUGUAAUGUCACAUGCGGAGGGGGCGGACAAAAUCGCUAUCGGGACUGUAAGGGACCCUUCUUCAAUGGUGCUGAAUGUGAGGGUCCAACCAUGGAACAGAGGGACUGUAACAUGCACAACUGUCCCAUCGACGGAAUCUGGACUAUGUGGUCAAACUGGACUAUGUGCAGUGUAACAUGCGGGGGAGGUCUGCAGGACCGAGAACGCACCUGCGAGGGACCCUUUUACGGGGGUGCCAAUUGCACGGGUGAAGAAGCACAAGAACGAGAAUGCAACACACACAACUGUCCAGUGGAUGGUUACUGGCAGUUAUGGUCCAACUGGACCUCCUGUAACGUCAGCUGUGGAGGCGGUAUGACGUGGCGAACACGUGAGUGCGCAGAGCCGUUGUACGGCGGUGCGCCGUGUAACGGAACCAACAUGGAGGUCGGCAACUGUAACACGCAUGAAUGUCCCAUUGAUGGAAUCUGGGAGAUGUGGUCUAACUGGACCGACUGUAGUCUCACGUGCAACAAUGGAACGCAGACGCGUAACCGCACGUGUAACGGGCCUUUCCAUGGUGGCGCUGAUUGUGAGGGACCAGAUGACGAGAUGAGGCUUUGUAACUCCUUUCACUGUCCAGUGGACGGCGUGUGGGAGACGUGGUCAAAUUGGACCAAAUGUUCCCACUCCUGUGGGCGCGGCACCAAAUACCGCUACAGGGAGUGUAUCGGCCCCUUUCACAACGGAUCGGAGUGCGAGGGGACAACAGACGAAACGAUGUUCUGUAACCCCUCCAACUGUCCGGUUGAUGGUCUCUUCAACGAAUGGAACGAGUGGGGCGAUUGCUCCGAAACCUGUGGAGACGGUCUACGACUGCGCGAGCGCACGUGUGAUGGCCCAUACAAUGGCGGACUGAACUGUUCCGGAGAGUGGACCGACGUUGGGGAUUGUAACUUACGACCAUGUCCCGUUGACGGUAAUUUCACGGAAUGGAUGGAUUGGUCGGAGUGCAGCCGCACAUGCGGAGGUGGGAAUCGAACCCGAGAACGUGAUUGUGAGGGAACUAUGUACGGCGGUAAGCCUUGUGAAGGAGAGUACAACCAGACGGAAGGAUGUAACCCGCACGAAUGUCCAAUCGACGGAGUGUGGGAGUUGUGGGGCACGUGGGGCCAGUGCAGCGUCACGUGCGCCAAUGGAACACAAUGGCGAGACAGAGAGUGUGUCGGCCCCUUCUACGGUGGUGCCAACUGUACGGGGCCUACUAACGACAGUCAGGACUGCUACCCCCGACCAUGUCCAGUGGCCGGUGUGUGGGAGACUUGGGGAAGCUGGGGUAUGUGCAAUGUCACGUGUGGAGGCGGAGAACAAAUGCGGUCACGUGAUUGUCACGGACCGUUCUAUGGUGGUGAUGAUUGUCAAGGCAGCAAUGACGACUUCCAAGUCUGCAACACACAAGAGUGUCCAAUCGACUGUAUCUGGCUGGACUGGUCGAACUGGGACGACUGCAGUGUGACCUGUGGUGGGGGCAAUCACUCUCGGUACCGAGACGAAUAUGGUCCGUUCUAUGGUGGACCUAACUGUACAGGCCCGGACCAGGAGACCAAAGACUGCAACACACAUUUCUGUCCAGUGGACGGGGUGUUCACGUCCUGGACCGAUUGGUACCACUGUAACGUGACUUGUGGGGGAGGCAUCCAGUGGCGCAACCGCACGUGCGACGGACCUUACUACGGCGGGGCCGACUGUCCGAGCGACUAUGAGGAUUCAAGAGAGUGUAACAUGCACGAGUGUCCAAUCGAUGGCGUCUUCACCGAUUGGUCAGAUUGGUUCUCAUGUAACGUCACGUGCGGAGGCGGAGAACAGUGGCGUAACAGGUCAUGUGAUGGACCGUAUUACGAUGGAGCGGAUUGUGAAGGCGACAACGAGGACAACAGGGAGUGCAAUACACAUGAAUGUCCGAUUGAUGGCAUUUUCAUGUCGUGGAUGGAAUGGGGACAGUGCAACGUGACGUGCGGCGGGGGUGGACAGUACCGUCACAGAGAGUGUGACGGUCCCUACUACGGCGGUGCUAACUGUUCCGAAUCCUGGGUAGACUACCAGGACUGUAACACACACAACUGCCCUGUCGACGGUUUCUUUCUGGAAUGGACUGCUUGGGGAUCCUGUGAUGUCACGUGUGACGGAGGGUUCCAGUUACGUACACGAGAGUGUAACGACCCGCUGUAUGGCGGGGCUUCUUGUGUUGGUGACUACAACCAGACACAAGACUGCAACACACACAACUGUCCCAGCGACGGUGUAUGGAAAAGCUGGAGUACCUGGGACGAAUGUAGCGUCACCUGUGGGGGAGGACUGCAGACCCGGAACCGGACAUGUGACGGCCCAUACUACGGUGGCGCACAAUGUCCGGGAGUUGAUAAUGAGGACCAAAUAUGUUCCACAAACUUGUGUCCAAUUCCAGGAGAAUGGCUCGAAUGGUCCUAUUGGAGCAUGUGCUCCACCACGUGUGAUGGGGGUGUGAGGGAAAGAUCUCGUUUGUGUAACGAGACUUCAUACGGAAAUCUAACAGCCCCUUGUCUCAACAGUAAUCAUUCAUCGGAAGCCUGCCACACAUAUCCGUGCCGUCCAUUCGCGCGACAUUGUAGUGACCUUGCCGUCCUUGGCCUAGUCGACUCCACCUAUGUUGAAAUACGUCUGUCAGACACUGAAGUUGGAGAGGAAGAGAAGGGCUACAAAGUGUUCUGUGACAUGGAACUAGAAAACGGUGUCGGGGUCACUGUCAUAGAUCAUAGCGAGAUGGGUGUGCACUAUGUGAGCGGCUAUGAGGGCGCCGGGUCGUACAGGAUCAUUCCCCAGUACGGAGAGGAUAUGCCGUUUGCGGAGGCGGCCCUGUUGGUUGAUGCGUCAGCUAAUUGUUCCCAGUACGUGGAGUGGGAGUGUAAAGGUGCCGUCAUCCACAACCCAUACAGCUCCGAUAGUUAUACCACCUAUUUUGUCAACAGGACCAGCCGCAGCCGCGGGUCCCACGAACCCAGCUCCGCCGCAAACUACUUCCCAGGAGGAGAGGUCGGAAGCAAUGCUUGCGCGUGCGGCAUGGACCAUAGCUGCGCCGGAGGUCCAGAUGCUUUGUGUAACUGCGAUAUCAACGAUAACGUCAUCAGAAAGGAUUUUGGUAACAUAACAUACAAGCCCGAUCUCCCCCUUCGGGCAUUCUGUGCUGGUGACACAGGCAAAGAGGACGAACAAGGAAACGCUACAAUUGGCCCUCUCGUCUGUUGGGGAGAUGUGUAAGACAACGGUGUAAGAAAUCAACCACGAAUUAUCUCCCUUACCUCUCCUCCCUACCUUAUAUCAAUUUUUCUUAAAUGAAAUGAAAUUUUACGCUUUCAGGCUUGUAAGGAGUGUUGCUUUAGUUAUGUGUUUUGUGGUUGUUUGUCGCCGACACAAUUCUGGCUGCUUCAAAACAUUUUUGUGAAAUACUCACCAAUAAACACAUGCAUUUCCUUCCAGACACCACCGUUAAAUUGCACCGACUGUGAAAAGUAUUCAUUUUGGUUAUUUGGUUAAAAUGAUGUCGUCUAUCCCUAAAGAAUAUUCGAUUAAUGUGAUGGAAAGGGAGUUAUUUCAGGUGUAUCAAUUGAAGUUUUACCACAAUUAAAGCGUGCUUCUACAAUGCUUUUUACACAUAGAGAAUCAAAUUAUCUCAAAAUGAAUUACAUAAUUAAGGAUCCAGGAAUAGUAACAGUCGUGCGGUAAAUGGAACUCUAACGAGAUUCCCUCUAACUUUGUUCAUCUUUGAAGUUUUGGGCUUUCUUCACUGGUUGUAAUACACAUUCAAUUUGUCUACAGCGGGCUAGCGUUUAGUCUAGAGACAUAUGACGUGAGAUUAAGUGGCCAGCCUCUCCAAGGAUCUAGCCUUCAUAUCAAAAUACGCGGUUGAGUAUGUCAUGUAGGCUGUCGGAGGAUGUCUGUAUCUUAAAUGGUGUUAAAUAAAAUAGAAAUACGAUAAGCUAGUUAUCUAUGUUAGAACAUGCAUUAUAUUCAGACAGUUACUGGAUCGUUUUUGAGUUGCAGCAGACGCAACCUCGUUCAGUGUAAUUAUAUAUACUAUAGAUCUUAACAAGCUCCUGGUAAACUAUUCUUCGUGCAGGCGUUAUAUGAUCAUUCUUUUACGUCGAUACAAUAAGUGCGCUACUGAAAUAGCUGCGUAAAUCAUAUUAAUUAACAAUGUCAAAAGCAUAUCACGUAGAUUCGAGAUGAGGGAAAAUCGGCGAGGCGUUGUAAGUUAAUCUGAUCAUAUAAAAAGGUUUUAUACCAUCUCUUGUGUCGGUCCCAAAUACCGUCAUCUUGGCUCGGGUAAGACAAAAGUCAUAGUAGGAAUGUGAAAUGCUGUCGUAGACGGAUUCUUCGUCAACAUAUCAUCUAUUUCGUUUCAGGGUAAAUGAAUUAUUGUCGCCCUGCGGUUCUAACGAAAUAGUUUUAUUGCUAUUGGAAUGCAACCGAAUGCUAAUGAGAAACAAGCGUAUCUGUCUGAAGGUAUGACCUCCCCUCCUGAAAUUAAUCGAGUAUUCUUCCAUAAUGUGUGAUUAAAGUGAAAAAUUAACAGCAAGAUCAAAAUGUCCAUCAAAAUGAGAAUCAGAGAUAGGCGACAGUAUCUGUCUUGUUAUUCACGAUCUGGAAAUAAAAAAAAAUC